AUGACCGCGACACGACCGGACAUUGCCUUUGCUGUGAGUUACGUUUCGCGCUUCAUGGAAAACCUCCAAGUCGAGCACUGGAUGGCGGUCAAGCGCAUUUUGCGAUACUUACAAGGGACUAAGUCGGACGGCAUCUGUUUCAAGUCUGAUGACAAGAUAGACUUCUGCGGCUACUCGGAUGCAGACUGGGCCGGCGACCAUGCAGACCGCAAGUCGACUUCGGGAUAUGCGCUCAUCCUGAUGGGUGAUCCGGUGAGCUGGGGAAGCAAAAAGCAGUCAAGUGUGUCGCUGUCAACAAGUGAAGCUGAGUGCAUUGCAUUAAGUCUGGCUAUUCAAGAAGGCAAGUGUUGA